AUGGGGGUGGGGGGGGGGGGGUUGGGGGGUGGGUUAGGUGUUGGUUGUGUGUGUUGGUGUGGGGUGAGGGGGGUGUGGGGGGGGGGGAGUGUUGGGGGGUUGGGGGGGGUUGGGUGGUGGUUUGGGGGUUGGGGGGAGUGGGGUGGUUGGGGGGUUAGGGGGGGUUAUUGGGUGUGUGUUGUGGGGGGGUGUGGGGUUUAUGUUGGUGGGUGGGGUAUGGGUAGGGGGGUGGGUGUGGUGGUGGGGGGGGGGGGGUUGUGUAUUGUUUGUGUGGGGUUGUUUGGGUGGGUUUGGGUGGGUUUGUGUUUUGGGGGUGUGUUUGGGUUGUUUGUUUUGUUGGGGGGGAUUGUUUGGUGGGGUGUUGGUGUGUUGGGGUGUUUUGUGGUGUGGGGGGGGGUGGUGGUUAAUGGGUGGGGUGUGGGUGGGGGUGUGGUGGGGGGGUGGGGGUGGGUGGGGGUGUGUUGUGUGUGGGGGUUGUGGUGGGGGUUGAGUUUGGGUUGGUGUUGGGGGGGGGGGUGGAGGGGGGGUGGGGGGGGGUGGGUGGGGUGGGGGGGGGGGUUUGGUGUUGGUGGGUGUGUAUGUGGGGUGGGUGGGGGUUGGUGGUGUUGGUGUGUGGGGUUUGGGUGUUGGGUGGUGUGGUUGAGGUGUGGUGGGUGUUUGGUUAGGGGUUGGGUGUUUGGAGUGGGGGGGGGGGUUGGUGUGUGGGGUGGUGAUGGGGAAUGUGGGGGGUGGGUUGUGGAUGUUUGUGGGGUAUGGGGGUGGGGGUUGGUUUUGGUGGGGUGGUGGGGGGUGUGGGGGUUGAGUUGGUUUGGGGGGGUUGUUAGGUUGAUGGGUUGUGUGGGUUGUUUAUUGGUGGUGGGUGGGGGGGGUGGGGGGGGGGGGGGUUGGGGUGGGGUUGUGGUUUUGGGUGGGUGUGGUUGGGUGUGGGGUUGUUGGUGUUUGUGUAUUGUGGGGUAUGUUUUGAGGGUUGGUGGGGGGGGGGUUUGUUUGUUUGUUUGUUUUUUUUUUGUGGUUUGUGUGGGGGUGGGGGUUUGGUGGGGGUGGGGUUUGUGGUUGUUGUUUUUUUUGUUGGGGGGGGUUGUGUGGUGGGGGUGUUAUGGUUGGUGUGUUGGGGGGUGUGGUUGUGUUUUGAUUUUGGUGUGUUGGUGGGGGGUUUUUUUGUUAUUGGUUGUUGUUGUUGUGGUGUGUGUGGUGGUUUUGUGGGGUAUUGGUGGUGGGGGGUGGGGUGUUGGGGUUGGGGGGGGGGUGUGGGGGGGGGUGGGGUGGGGGUGUUUGGUGGGUGGAGGUGGGGGGGGGGGGGUUGUUGUGUUGUUUGGGGUUGGUGUGGGUUGUGUUGGGUUGUGGUUUGUUUGGGGGGUGUUUGUUAGGGGGGGGGGGGUUUUGGGUUGGGUGGUUUGGGGGGGGGGGGGGGGGGGGGGUGGGGGGGUUGUUGAUUGUUGGUGUUUGGGGGUUGGGUUGGGUGUGGUGUUUUGUUAUGGGUUUAGGGUGUUUAUUUUGUAG